AUGUGGUGUUCCAAGAUAAGGCAAGCACUUGCUAAUUUCAGUCCACAAGCAGGAAACGUGAUACAUCCAUUUCCUUUCAGGCAAACAGCACAGUUCUCUGGCAGCACAAAAGCAUUGCUUCUACCGCUAAAUCUCAAACAUUCAGAAACCUAUUGCUCCUCUGUGGAUUUACCAUUCUAUAUUAGUUAUUUGGAUGUUAUGGAUAGAAACAGUACUUACUCUCCAAUCACAUGGCCACCAAAGUUUUGGGAGCAGAUAACAAUAGCCUUCACAGUGUCCAUGGUGGUUGGACUGGUGAUUGGAGGGAUCAUUUGGGCUUUGUUCACUUGUUUGUCCCGUCGCAGAGCUAGUGCCCACAUUUCCCACGGUGGUUCUUCAUCCUUCAGCCGUCGGUCCAGACCCUCCUCCCAUGGGCACACUACAGGCAGGACUGGAUUUUACCGCAACAGCAGCUGUGAGCGUCGGAGCAACCUCAGCCUGGCCAGCCUCACCUUCCAGCGGCAAGCCUCCUUAGAGCAAGCCAAUUCUUUCCCCAGGAAGUCAAGCUUCCGUGCAUCCACCUUCCACCCUUUCCUGCAAUGUCCUCCCCUCCCUGUUGAGACGAACAGUCAACUGAUCACCCUCACUCCCACAAAUACCACCACAACCCUUGUGGGAAGCACCACCAACAGCUUAAGUCGACCCGAAUUCCACUGGUCAAACAACAACCUCCGCAUCUGCCACUCCACACAAACCCCACCUCCUGCCUAUGAAACCAUCAUAAAAGCUUUCCCAGACUCCUGAACUAAGCCCUUGCUGCAGGAAUCCAUGUGCAUUUUAGGAAGAACCUUAGUCAUCUCAGCAGUUUUCUGUGCAUGAGGAAGAUCCCUGGGAAGUCCCCAGCUCCAGGGCACAUACAUUGCCAAGAGGCAGGUAGCAGCAAUAUGUUAGAGCACAUUAUCCCACUGCUCAGAAGAUCACUUGCCUUUGUACUGCUGGCUCUAAUUUACUGUGCUGCCUUAUGCUUGCGUAUUUAUAAUGUUGUGUUGUUAAUUGUAACCGUUGUAUCUUUGGAGGAAUGAAAAUACUGCCACAUGGAAUCCAGAUCAUUUCUUGGAGAAGCAAAUCAAGUUAGGGAUUACUGAUACUUACAUAUUUCUGCAAGCUCACCAUUCUGCUUUUUUUUCUUU